AUGCCUGCAGCUGCUCAUGCACGAAGUCCUAGCGGGAACACGUUAUCUGAAAAAUACAUUCAAGACUGCUUCCACAGUUACCUCAAAUCUUCGCUUACCCAAGCGAAAGUCGAACGCUUGCUCGAUGCGGAUAUCUUGAGUUCUGCAGAGGGUGACUUGAUGAUAACAGGCCCUGCACUAUGUCUUUAUUUCGCUGCUCUACGAUGUACAACCAACCCUCCCGCCGUACCUCUACCACGACUCGACAAACAUGCCGCUCCAAUGGACUUGUCAGCCGAAAACUGCCCCCCAACAUUCCAAUCGUUCCUCCAAGUAUGGUCACGAACCGUCCCGAUAAUCCAAGGAUUCACACCCGAACAUCAACACGACCUAGCAAGAGUCAUCUGUAACCUACCUCCAUUAAGCACACCCCCAGAAGAACCUGUCCUUGGAGUGGCAGCUGAUCUACGUGCUGUAGCUAUUGAAAUCAGCCAACGCCGUUCGUUUCAGGAUAGAUACGCAGAUGACUUGCAAGCUGCCCUCGAUUCUGGGAGUGGGAGUGGCAAUGGCAAUGGCAAUACACCGAGCUCUCCGGGCCCGGGACAGGGAGGCACGAUUCCGAAACGUGCUUCUUUUGUUCCUCCUCCUUCGUACGACGUUACUUCCCCGACCUCGUCGGCACGGUCACGGUCGACACUGCCAGGAGCAGCAGCUCCACUCAACCCCAUACAACCACAUGAUCAUGAUCAUGAUCUCCCACCCCCUACUAGCCAGCCUUCCCGCAGUCGCAGCAUUAUCUUAUCCCCUACUUCACCGGCAAUAGAAUUCAUCCGCGAAACUCUCUACGCAGCCCUAGGCGACGUCCUCGAACGCGUUCCUUCCCUCCAAUCCAUGCUCAAUCAAGAUCCACCCCGUGCCUACUUUGCCUCUGUCGCUUUUGCCAUUUUAGAUGUGGCCACGACGUCCAUGAUACCUGACGAGGGAGGAUCGGUAGUAGGUGUCCUUGGGACAACCCUCAGUGUGGAUGAGUGUCCGAGUGAAUUCCGUCCUUUUAUGCUCGAGUUGGGUGUGAUUGGGAGAGAAGCGAAGGGGAUGGAAGAGGAAGAUCAGUUGAUGGCGGUGGAGUAUGCGCAGAGAGGGGGUGGGAUGGGAGAGAUUCCUGCGACGAGGAUGGAUAGAGUGAAGUCGAUGUUGGUGAAUGGUGUGGGGAAUGAACAGAGGAGGAGGGAGGAAGAUGAGGGGAGGGGGAGUCCGGCGGGGAGAGCGGUGGCGUUUGCGAAUCGGGUGAAUGGGUUGAGUUUGGCGUUGACGAAUUUGAAGACGUUUAGGGAACGACAGGAGGAGGUGUUUAGGGUUUUGGCUGGGAUAGGUGGAUAG